AUUAAUGAGCAGGUGGCCGCGGUGGAGUCGUUAUUUAAGGGAAACGCCCCAGAGGUGCUGCUUAUCGUUCUGUACAGUUGAGUGUACUGUGUGUCGCUACGGUGUGACUGGCUGCCCAUGUGCUUUGGUUCCCAGCAUGACGAUGUGGUUACUUCAUUGUGUUACAGCUGUGCUGCUCACAGGCUGCCUCUCCCUUCUGGACUGUGGUCGUCUGCUGUGUGUUCAGGACGAGAUCUGCAGGGUUGUCAACGGUGAACCCACUUGUGUGCAGCCAGUCCGGGAACCUGGGACCUGCUGGGCUAUGGGUGACCCCCACUAUCACACCUUUGACGGGCGCUACUUUGACUUCAUGGGCACAUGCACCUACACCAUCGCCAAAAACUGCCUCAGCAUUAAGGCUCUUCCUGCCUUUGAGGUGGAGGCCAAGAACGAGAACCGCGGGAGCAGCCGAGUCUCCUAUGUUGCCAUGGUCACAGUGAGGGUCUAUGGCUACAACAUCGCGGUGGUCCGCUUUGAAACGGGACUUGUCAGGGUAGGAAUCUCUCCCUUGUCUGUCUUGGCAAUAUAUGUGAUUGGAAGUACUUGCUGGUUAAUCUAGUGAUCUGCAUAUUCA